GGACGAAUAAGUUCGUAGUGCGUCAUCAGGACGCGCCUCCGCGCCUUCUCCGCAGCAGACGCGGAAGAAAACAAACCAAACGUGAACGUGCCCAUGGCAGGAGUAUCUGGAGAAACUGGUUUAAAUCUUUUUAUAGACGCCCUGUGGUAGACUGGGAUUAGAUGUUGGUGUUCGGAGCAGAAGAGUGAAGAGUUCAUGACCACAUUAGUCUGAAGAAAGAGUUUAAUCAGGAGAAGAAGAAGCUAACCAUCCUGCAGCAUCAUCUGCUGUUUCAGAUGAGGAGAAGUAUUAGUGUGUAACGUUGAUCCUAGAGCUACAAAAUGGACUACAGUAAUGCUGUGAGGCCCACCGAUGUGGGACGUGACUCAUCAGGUACUAAUAUUAAUGAUCCUUUAUUAUGUAGUCUGUGUUAAACUACAGUGGUACUGUAAAUUAAAAACUCACAUCUGAGACUGUAGACUUAAGGUCCAUGUGGAGACCAGAAAGUGGAGUAAACUCACAUCAAACUCUCCUUUAGUUGGUCAAAAGUGUCUGAAAGAGUUGACUGAAACUUUUAUUAUUUCUGCUUAAAUGGGUUAAACUGAGACUAAACUUUAGUAACUGAUUUUCUGCUCUUAAAGCUCCUGUGAAGAGCUUUAGUGGAGUCUGACAGUUUUGGUGCCCCCCUGUGGACAUGGUGGUCCUAGCUGGUUUUGUCCGCUACAUACAUGAUAUCCUAUACUUACUUUAACAGUCACAUGUAUCUCUUGUUGAGAGCCUGUGGAUGUGGACUGUAUCAGCAUCCAAUCACCUGGUCUGUGGUUUAAGAAAAAAAAAAACAAUGGAAACCAUUUUGUUGAUGGUCUCAUCACAAGCAGGAGCUGUAAAGCCCAUUUGUGUACCAGGAUAGUUUGAUUUCUUCAUGUAGUUUAAUCUGACUAAUGACUAAUUUCUUUAGCAAAGAGACUAAACACAACUCACCCUCUCUCUUCCAGCAGCUGCUUGUUUGUAGCGAGACCUACAUGUCUGCAGUGCAAAAUGAUUAAUAUGGUGAUUAUUACUUCAAGGAAAUGAUAAAGAAAUGAUCAUAAAUGUUCUUCCUUGAGCUGUGUCACCCCGCUGUAGUCCGUAAUGGACUGGCCCGAGGUCUCGUUACAAACAAGCGGCUGCUGGAAGAGAGUAGGUGCUAUCCUGCGGUCGUUACUAAAGUUGGUAUAACAAGAGAAGCAAGCGUUCGGUAACAUUUAUCUCUGGAGGGGGUGUCUAACUCGGUGUCACAGUGUGUUUGAACCUAAAUCAAUUUUACGCCGGAAUAUCCCUUUAAAUUAAGAUAAUCACCCUAAAAUAGUCACUGGGUUUAAAAACUGUUAUGAUUUUAUUUCUCCACCACUGGACAUACCUGGUAACAGCAUCCCUCUGUCUGUUCAGACUUAAUCUGUGUUUUUGCAGGAACUUAAACAGCACGUUUUGAGUGACUCUCUCUCUUUUCUCUCUGAUCGAUCAGGUAAGGACCGCUCGAGCUCUGAUGACGAUGUGCCGCUCUCAAAGCUUCAGACAAAGCCACACAGUGAGAAGAACCAGUCUCAUGAAAAAAGAAGCACAUCCCGUGAUCCUGCUGCAGCGUCGGAUGACUCCUCAGACGAUGAGCCUUUAAUACAAAAGAAAACUCGACUAUUAAACAAGAAACCAGAGAGUAAGGACAACAAGUCAAGCAGAUCUAAUGGCACAGAAAACAAGAAAGCAGGUAGGCACAUUACCUUGUCAUGAGCCGUGUUGUAGCUGGGUUUUCUUAAGAUGGGAUGCUGAUUUUCUUACUAUUAUCCAAAUGUGACUGCUUUAGAUUUGAGCUCAGAUGAUUCCUCUGACAACGAGCCUCUGGUCAAGAUUGCUAGAGUGUCACCCAAAGCUGCAAAGAAGCCGAUCUCAGCGUCCCCUCGAAGACCUGCCCAUGCCAAAAAGAGAGGUAUGAUCUGAGGUCUGUCUGUGAGCUUGUAUCUCUGGGAGAAAACAGCUGCUCACUCUUGACCUCUUCUCUCACACAGACCUCUCGAGUGACGAUGAUAGUUCCGAAGACGAGCCUCUGAGCAAACUUGCCAAGAAACUUGACAAAAAGGCACCAGUGGCGCCGCCUCGAAGAGCGACCCCGGUCAGGAACGCGGCGAGGAAAAAAGGUAAGAGUUCAAAUGUAGAUACCAGAGUUUGUGCCAAAGCUUUCUUUGACAUCUACAUAUUAAAGUAUGUUUUGUUGGUUGAAGUAAAAAAAACAGAGUCCUCCAGCGACAGCUCAGAUGAUGAGACACUUGCAGAGAUGAAGAAGAAACUGAUCCCUAAAGAGCGGAAGACUUCACCGAACAAGAAGAAAACAAAAUCAGGAGUUAAAGUGAAACCACCGAAAGGUUAGCUGCACUUUUAUCAGACUGGUCAGGUGGAUCUGAGUCAUUUCAGCUGUUUUAAGAUCUUGGAUUUUACAAAACCUUUUAUUCUCAGACAGCAGCUCAGAUGACGAUGAUGUGCCUUUGGUGAACUUUAUCGGCAAGAGGAAGAAACCAGUGAAGAAAAACACAAAGAAGACGACUGUACCGAAGGGCCGUUCACCAAGAAAGAGACAAGGUAGAGUAGCAUAAAAAAUGAAUCACUGUAUUUUCUGAAUUUAAAAAAAUGACUCGGAAUUAAAUCCUUGCUGCUGGGAUUGUUUGGCAGGACCUGCUGAUGAAAGCUCAGAUGAUGAACCCUUGAUUAAUAUUGUGAAAAAGAAACGUAACGAGAAACAGAGCAAAAGAAAAGCUUCGCCUCUGAAGAAAAGGACAACAACCCCCGUAAAGUCUCGAGAGAGGAUUGUCUCCGGUAAGAUUGAAAAUGCAUUUCUCUGUCGUGACUUUAGGACGCCGGCUCUGACACUUUGUCUGUUUUCUAGAGUCAUCGAGUGACAGCUCAGAUGAUGAACCCUUGAUCAAGAAAGCUAAACAUCCACAAGUGACCAAAAUCCUGAGAAUAAUACUUGAGAGGUGUGAUGGUGAAGAGGGCAGGCCAACAGGAAGCCCAAACAAAACCAGAACAGGUACUAAAUGCAUCAUCAAGUUUAUAUUGACACAGGAGGUUUGAGAAAUCCGAACACAAUUCACACCUUAAGUUUGCGUUUGUAUUCUGUGCUCUUACAUUUUCAUAACCAGUGUUUUUUUCUCACUCUUCAACACAGACGCACAGAUCGCUGAAAAGACGCCAAGUGAGAAAUCAGAGAGUUCAGAGGAGUCCUCAGAGGAGGAUCAGGCAGUUGAAGGAACGCAGGACAAGCUGGAAAAAUAGAUUUUUUUAUGGUUUGUCAACUUCAGGACCAGGAAGUUUGAAUUUCCACGAGGCUUCGGGUUUAAAGUGUUUUCUCAGUGUUUUUAAUUCCUUGGAGAGAUGACUCCCAAUAAUCAACUUGAUGUUUAUUUGUUGUUCAUAGAAAGUUCCACAUUCUGUUUUAUAUGCAUUGCACUAAUUUUAACUUAUGGUGUUUUUACUCCAUUUUACUCCAUUUAACUUCUUGGUUUCAUUCACAAUGUAUCUCACUUUUUGUGCCUGUUUUACUAUUUAUGCAUUUGCCUUCAGUAUUUAAAGGUUUUAGGGAAAUAAAUAGGUCAGUUUUAUUUCUGCUAUUGUAUAAACCCAGUACACAGCAUGUAACAGGGAAUAUCGACAGUGUCAAAUUGAGUUUCUUUCACUAUAAAACGGUACCACACGAGUCAUUCUGUAUUUGUGAUGUACCACACUUCUACUAUUCGACUGUGUUUUGGUCAUUUUCAAUAAAAUGAAUUGUUUAUCAAGUCAA